CAUUGACAGAUAUUUCAACGCCACUUAAAAUGGGUAGACAGGCCCACCACUACCAGUCACCCCACCGCCAGUCGUCCGGCUGCCGCUGGUUGCCCCACCUGUCGCUCGGCCGCCACCAGUUGCCCCACCAGUCGCCCGGCCGCCACCGGUCGCCCCACCGGUCGCCCCAUAAGUCGCCCGGCCGCCGGUCGCCCCACCAGUCGCCCCACCUGUCGUCCGGCCGCCACCAGUCGCCCGGCCGCCGCCAGCCGCUGCCGGCCGCCGCUGACCACCACCGGUCGCCCCACUGCCGCCAGGCAUCCCACCGGCCGAGGCCAAGACGGCUUCAAUUUUGUAGUAGCCCUCAUCACACCAAUCAGCUAAUAUCGAAUGUAUUACCAUUUGUAAUAUUUUAAUAAAGAAAUAAACCAUCAUUGGCUGAUCCACUGUCUAAAACAACUCUCAUGUAAUGAUGUAAACAUGUAUGAAAUAAACCUCAUUUUAUGUGUUAACCAUUGAUUGAGAGUUUCAUUAAUUCAUAUAGGUAAAAAAUCACCUUACUUUACUUUGAGCGACCCCACUCCACCUCCCUCUGUCACAUGACCAAUGGCCGCCAGCAUUAAGGACUCUAGCUCAAGAUGCUCAUGCACGACCUGUCACUACAUGGUCAUGGAGGCCUAUCACUCCAGAUCAAUAUGUACAUGGUAGACCUACUGGAUCAAGAUGUCCAUGAGAGACUCUAGAUCAACAUGGUCAUGCUGCUCUAGAGAUCAAAAUGAUAUUGAAGAUAGAUAUUUUCAAUGACUCCCACUCCAUGCUCAGACAUGACAUAUUCUC